GAGACUGGACAGUCCCGGACAGCCCUGGCCAGCCGGAGCCAGCAGCGCUGGCACCCCGUGCACCGCAGCCUCCGCAGCGCGGCCAUGGGCGAGUGGGGCUUCCUGAGCUCGCUGCUGGACGCCGUGCAGGAGCACUCGCCCAUGGUGGGCCGCUUCUGGCUGGUGGUGAUGCUCCUCUUCCGCAUCCUGGUCCUGGCCACCGUGGGCAGCGACGUCUUCGAGGACGAGCAGGAGGAGUUCGUGUGUAACACGCAGCAGCCGGGCUGCAAGCCCGUGUGCUACGAUGCCGCCUUCCCCAUCUCCCACUACCGCUUCCUCGUCUUCCACGUCGUCGUGCUCUCAGCACCCGCCGCCCUCUUCGUCAUCUUCGCCGUGCACCAGGCGGCCAAGCCGGGGCGCGGGGGGGCUCCCGGCCAGCGCGCCCGCCGCCUGCAGCCCUUCUACGUGGGCAGCGUGGUGGCCCGGAUCGCGGCCGAGCUGGGCUUCCUGCUGGGCCAGGCGCUGCUCUACGGCUUCAGGGUGCAGCCGCUCUUCGUGUGCCGCCGCCGGCCCUGCCCGCACCGCGUUGACUGCUUCGUGUCCCGGCCCACCGAGAAGACCGUCUUCAUCCACUUCUACUUCGUGGUAGGGCUGGUCUCGGCGCUGCUCAGCCUGGCCGAGCUCGCCCACCUCCUGCGCAAGGGACCCCCGGCGCGGCCCGGCUGCUGCCGGCGGCCGCAGGAGCGGGGCGCGGCCCCGGGGGGUGCUGCGGACGGGCCCGGUGCUCCCCACCCGCGGGGAGACCUCACCGUGUGAUCCCCGCCUGCCCCCGCCGCGACGAGGUGCGGAUCUCCCUGCCCCAGAGGGGUCUCGGCCCUCGCCGUGCCAGGGAAGCCGGGCCGGGCUGUGCCCCGGUGCCCCCGGUUCCUGUUGUGGGCGGCGGAUGAGCCUCACCCGGCAGCUGCUGGGGAAAAAAUACGGACAGAAAGAAAAUAAACAGGUCCCAUCCCUGCACGGUGGCAGGAACACCCCUGACCUCCCCCCAGCCCAGCACGGGGGAGCCAGGGCUGCCCCAAACGCUGUGCUGGGAGUGUCACAAAUGCAUCAGGGCUGGCCCCUGGCAUAGAGGGGCACCACUGUGGCCUCAGGAAUGCGAAGGUCAGAACUUUAGGGUGCUGGGGGGACCCCAAAGGAUUCUGUCUCACCCUUCACAAGAGUGGGGGGGGUAGUCCUGGGCUGCCCUCCUGCAAAGAACACCCCCCCCCCCCAAACCAGGACUUGGGGUGCCACAGCCUGACCAUCCCCUCCCCACCCCUGC